AUGCAGUUGCCUCCUGGUUUCGGAAGAAAGGGGGAGAAUAGGGUCUACAAAUUACACAAAUCCUUGUAUGGCCUCAAGCAAGCAUCAAGACAGUGGUUUUUGAAGCUUUUUGCCGCACUCAAAGCAGGAGGAGUCAGUCAGUCUUGGUUCGAUUAUUCACUCUUCGUCCGAAAUAUUGAAGGUAGAUUCACAGCCUUGCUCAUAUAUGUUGAUGAUGUUAUAGUGGCAGGAAAUAAUCUGCAAGAUAUCAUAGCAACAAAGCAGUUUCUUGCAAGUCGGUUUAAGCUCAAGGACAUGGGUCAAUUGAGGUACUUUCUUGGCAUAGAGGUGGCGAGAUCAAAACAAGGCAUUGCCUUGUGCCAACGGAAGUAUGCACUAGAAGUUCUUGAGGAUGCAGACUUUCUAGGUGCCAAACCGUCCAAAUUCCCUGUUGAUCAAAACUUGGUGUUAACGCAAGGUGAAGGAGUGGAGUUGAAAGAUGCAGCUCAAUAUCGUCGAUUAGUUGGGAGACUUAUAUAUUUAACAAUCACGAGACCCGACCUUGUGUAUGCAGUGCAUAUCCUAAGUCAGUUUAUGGAUAGACCGCGACAACCUCACCUAGAGGCGGCUUACAAGGUGUUAAGGUAUGUCAAGCAAACUCCAGGACAAGGAAUCCUCUUGCCUUCUACUGGUCAGUUGGAGAUCAAGGCGUAUUGUGAUGCAGACUGGGCACGUUGCAAAGACACAAGAAGAUCAACUACGGGCUAUUACAUUUUCUUAGGUAAUGCACCCAUUUCGUGGAAAACCAAGAAGCAAGGAACCGUAUCACGCUCCAGUGCAGAAGCGGAGUAUAGGUCCAUGGCAACUACAUGCUGUGAGAUUACAUGGAUUCGGAAUUUGUUAAGGGAUUUGAAUGUCAAACAUACACAUGCAGUCAAGCUGUUCUGCAAUAAUCAAGUGGCAAUUCAUAUCGCAUCAAAUCCCGUCUUUCAUGAGCGUACAAAACAUAUUGAGAUUGAUUGCCAUGUCGUACGAGAAAAAGUACAGAGAGGACUUGUUAAAACCAUGCACAUUCGAACACAAGAGCAGCCGGCUGAUUUGUUCACUAAGCCAUUGGGUUCGAAGCAAUUUUCAACACUUUUGAACAAGUUGGGUGUAAUUAACAUACACUCCAACUUGAGGGGGAGUAUUGAGGAAAGAAAUCCUCUGUGA